AUGCAUGAGCAACAGCAUGAUGGAUGGUACCUCACACGCAUAAAAACCAAAAAACCCUUUACCAAACCUCAUUUUCCCAAUCCCCAAAUCCCUUAAUUUCACAAUUUCAUAUCCCAUUUCUCCCCACAUUAGCAAAAAUGUAAUGAAUAACAUCUCAUAAAUAUCUGUAUCCCAAUCUUCUUUUCCAGGAUUAUUUUGCCCAAUUUUCAUUUUCUAUGCCUGGAAAGAGACCCCACAAACCCAACACCUCCUGUCCUCUUCUGCUUACAUUUCUUUACAUGAUCACCUCAGAAUCGUCCCUAUCUGUUGCAUCUCCGUGUUGAUCUUUUUCUUCAUUUUACGGAGGUUCUUUGGUAUCAUCAACAAAUGGCUUUGCUUGGAAACCCAUAUUUCUGAAGCAGCAUUACAAUUUGGAGAAUACCCAGUUGCAUAUUUCUGAACAAGAAUUCUGUUUAUCUCUGGGUUUUGAUUCCAGUGGAUCAUCCAUUGAAUGCCCAUAUUUUAGUGGGCAUGCUGCAAUUUAGUGCAUACCCAUUUGUCCAUUUUCAUUGAGAAUUUUGAUUCUCUGCAGUUUGAGGGCUUUUGUUUCUGUCAAGAUUGUUCACAAAUAGUUGGUGGUGGGGGGUUGUGUGGGUACUUUAAUUUGGGUUGAGAAAUGGGAUGUAUUCAUGGGAAAUGUUGUUGUAAACACCCUAAAUCUUCAGAUGGGGAUAACAGGGAAAAUUUGGGUAAAAAACAUAUUUCUGCAGUUUGUUCAUCAUGUGUUGCUCAUGUGCCUUCUGAGAACUUGAAGUUAGAGUGUUCUGUUCUUACACAGCGCGGUUUUUACCCCGAAUCCCCUGAGAAGGAAAAUCAAGAUUGCUAUUGUGUUAACACGCAGCUACUGGAUAAUCCAAAUGUGCAUUUCUUUGGUGUGUUUGAUGGGCAUGGGCAGUUUGGUACAGAAUGCUCGGUCUUUGUUAAGGAUAGGUUAGUGGAGAUUAUGUCAAAUGAUCCUACAUUGUUGGAUGAUCCUGUCAAGGCUUACAAUUCUGCGUUUUUAACGACUAACGAGGAGCUUCACAAUAGCAGUAUAGAUGAUUCUAUGAGCGGGACAACUGCUAUAACGGCUCUACUUGUUGGGAACAUGUUGUAUGUUGCAAACGUAGGUGAUUCACGGGCGGUGCUAGCUGUUAAGGAAGGGAAUAGAGUUGUGGCUAGAAACUUGUCCUCUGACCAGACUCCUUUCAGGAACGACGAAUGCAACAGAGUGAAGCUUUGCGGGGCUAGAGUUCUGAGUGUCGAUCAAGUAGAGGGACUUAAGGAUCCAGAAAUUCAGUCAUGGGGUGAUGAGGAGAAGGACGGCAGUGAUCCACCUAGGUUGUGGUUUCAAAACGGGAUGUAUCCCGGGACUGCCUUUACACGGAGCAUUGGGGAUAGUAUAGCAGAGAAAAUUGGCGUUGUUGCUACUCCCGAGGUAUCAACAGUACAGCUAAACGCUAAUCAUCCCUUUUUUGUAGUUGCAAGUGAUGGCGUCUUUGAGUUCCUCUCCAGCCAAACCGUGGUGGACAUGGUAAGCAAAUACCCAGAUCCAAAAGAUGCAUGCUCAGCAAUCGCUGCAAAAUCAUACAAAAGAUGGCUACAGCAUGAAACCCGAACAGAUGAUAUAACAAUCAUCAUCGUAUAUAUUAAAGACUUAUUCCAUUCAGGUGUUAGAACCACUGACUGCUGUGAAGGAAAUGGAGAAGGGGAAAUGGUGUCUGAAGUAUUUUACACUCCUCCGGGAUCGGAAGCUUCUCCACCGGUGAGAAGUGGUAUCUCUGAACUGCAGUCUUAUCAUCCAACUGUAUCGCUAUAUCAAUCUUCACAAACCGUUAUUCCAUAGCUGACCAUCUGACCUUAACUGAACCAAUAGACAGUCAUGAAUUUACACUUCUUCCUGUUUUCAUGUGCAUAAAAGGCUGAAAUGGUGGCUGGCUGGAGCUGGGAAGGCAGGUGCAUGAAAUUGGCAGUGAAACCUAUUCUUCUUUUCUUUUUCUGCAAAUUCUCUGCCCAUGGACUUAGCCUCUUAGUGAUAUAUGUAUUAUGAAGUCAUUUCCCAACUCUAUGUAUGCCUUAUCUGUUAUGUAUAACACCAAGAAGUAGCUGAUUUCAGCACAUGAAAGCUGUUGAAAAUGGUUCUCAGUGGA